AUGUCUAACGUGCGGGAUCUCCUCAAUCCCGUAGAUGACGACAAGCACGAUAUGUAUCACUCCCUGGACGACUGGCUGGGAGUGGAGCAAGACCAAGAUCUUUACAUGGGCGAUGCUCCUAGUGCUCAAGGACUCGGCAUCAAUGGAUCGGUUGAUGAGACCUCGCAAGCCUUUUGGUGCGCUCUAAAUGGAGACGUUACUGAAGCUGACAACCACCUCCAGUCCAGUUUCACAAAUACUCUAGUUGAUCCUUUAUUUCCAGAACAUGGUGUCUCUGAACACCACUAUACUCAAAACAAUGCUCUAGACGUUGAUCCACAACUUGGAAUGAUGAAUUUUGAUAUCGACUUCGACAUGAACAAUAUUCAAAUGACAUCUCAUCCCGACGAAGAACAAAACGUCCCCUCGGGUAUGUCUACUACACUAGAAAGCUUCCAAUUCCUUCAAUUGCCCACCGAAAGCUCUCGAGAAGGGUCAGCUAUGACACCAGAGCUUUCUGUGCCAAGUCGGUCAAAUGCAACACCUAUAACAUUACCGGAAGAUGACGACGUCAUAGUUCACUACGGCAUGCUUCACAACAUCGAAGUGAAAUUAGUGCCUGAUGACAUGUCAUCCAUAGAUGAAAGACUGGCAGCAGAGGUCUCAGCUUAUCAAUACUUCACAUCAAAGGAGUACCAGAAGCAACUCAUGCUUUGUUUCCCUGGUGAUGAGAAGUACUUCGGUCAUCUACCUUCAGCGGCAGGUCAGACUCUCUUGCUCAUAAUGGGGGAGACAUCAGUCAAUAUUCAACCACUGGCCUUAAGAUACGAUCUGAGAGAGGUCAUAAAUCGCGCAAACAAACCCGCGGACGCUAGGGUGAAAGUCGACAUAAACAUCUAUGGUCUACGAUCAAAGGCGUUGGAUAUUGGGAAAAGGCUCUCCAAUGGAAAGCUGUGGCUUCAAAGGUCAAGCCACGGAAGACAUGGUUUUGCUUACGAGAAUCCGCACUUCCUGAACAUUAGCAUCCAAGAUACCGGAGCUGGCGAAGUCCAAGAUACGCAACCGGCUCCUAGUGAUGGUGUCCCUAAGAAAAUGAGCAAGGAAGAUCAACUUCGGAAGAUGGUGGAUGAGGUUUACAAGACUGUUGAGAACAGCCGUGAGCUUGAGAUGGUUGAAGGUGGUGACAAGGUGACGCGUCAGCUUUUAAGACAUCAGAAGGAAGCACUGGGUUUCAUGCUCGAGAGAGAGUCUGGGCAUAUCAACGAAAAGUACAGACUUUGGGAAGAGAUCGAAUAUGAGAAUGGAAAAUUCCAAUACCGACACAGAAUCACCAAGAGACGUAAGGAUAUACGGCCAGAAGAGAGGGGCGGCGGUAUUCUUGCUGACGACAUGGGGAUGGGAAAGUCGCUUUCCAUCCUCGCUUUGAUCAUGAAGACUCUUGACAAUGGCCAAGAGUGGGCGGGGGAGAGAAAUGCGGAGCACAAGAGCAGGAGAUCUCUCAAAUUCUCUCGUUCUACUCUCGUUGUAGUCUCAGCAGCUUUAUUGGUCGAUGAGUGGAUGAAUGAGGUUAAGAAGCACCUACAAAGAGGUCUCAGAGUGGUUAAGUACCAUGGUGAAAAUAGGCCGAAGACUCUUGAGGAGCUAUCUGUAAUUGAGGACUCGGAUAUCGUGGUAACAACAUAUCAUACGCUUACUGCUGAAUAUCUGAUAGGAAAAGGGAAGGCUUCACCGUUGUAUAAGUUGGGUUGGUAUCGAAUAGUCCUUGAUGAAGCUCAUAUCAUACGUCGCCCAUCCACAAAGUUCUUCCAAGCAUGCGAAUAUCUCCACGCCAACUCUCGGUGGUGUCUUUCCGGGACACCCAUCCAAAAUAAGCUCACUGACAUUGGCUCACUGUUCCGCUUCAUUCGCGCCGAGCCAUUCGAUAAGGCAUCCGAGUUUAGGAAGUGGAUAGAAACACCAUUCGACAACUCAUUCGAAGACCCUGAGCUCGUAAGGGAUCGCCUAGUCAUGCUCCUCGAAGCAUUGUGUCUACGCCGAACUAGAGAGGUCUUGAACUUGCCCAAAACACGGCAGUUUGUCCGACAUUUAGAGUUCAGUCCACAAGAGCGCGAUCAAUAUGACAAAACAAAGGCUGUCAUUCUACGCAACAUGGAGCAUCGAAUGGGUGAAGUCAAAAAGAGCUCCCAGUUUGGCAUGUUCCAGAUGUGGCUUCAGUUGCGAAUUGUCUGCAACCACGGGACAUAUCAGAAACUCUUCUCGUGGCACCGGAGAAGUCUCCUGGAAGAACGAGAGGCAAUAGUUGGGACUGCUGGUCAAUAUGGAGAAAUAUCCUGCGUGGGGUGUGAGCAGCCAAUGCCAGUACUGGGAUGUGACUUGACGAAGAGGAUGUUUGACGAUGAAUGCUCACAUAUUCUGUGUUCGAAGUGCAUUGAAGAGUCAAGUAUGUGCUUACCCGAGACUCAACGACGGUGCCCCAUCUGCAUAAGAUGGUAUAAAGAACCUUCAGUGCCUAGGGACGAACAAACUAUAGCAGCAGGCGAGAGACCCAGAAAGCGGCGGAAGGCUACUGCCUCAAAGGAUGAUCACGAGAGCUACUUCAAUGAACAAGGCUUUUCAACCAAAAUACGGACUCUGGUUGAGGAUGUGCAGAAGGAUCUUUGGACCACAAAAAGUAUAAUCUUCUCUUGCUGGACACGAACGCUGUAUUUAGUAUCAAGACACCUGGAGCAGGCUCAGAUUCCAUACCUUCAACUCGACGGCAACAUCCCCCUGCCUCAACGGCAAGCCACGCUCCUCAAGUUUGAGAAUGAGGAUGAGACGCCUGUUCUCAUCAUGACAACAGGAACCGGAGCAUUUGGAUUGAACUUGACUUGCGCAAAUCGAAUCUUCAUCGCAGAACUACAAUGGAAUCCCAGCGUCGAGAGCCAGGCGAUUUCUCGAGCCAUCCGCCUCGGGCAAGAAAGCGAGGUUCGAGUUACAAGAUAUAUUACGAGAAACACAGUGGAAGAGGAUAUACGGCAGCAACAGGAGUAUAAGAAGCAAAUUGCAGCCCUGGGUUUUGAAGAAGAAAUCUACUAGAUAACGUAUAUGCUGUCUUGUAACGGGCGAGGCCACUCUGUGAAAGAGGUCCACCUCCCAGAUAGCAUGAAUUUAUCCCAAGAGAUUCCAAG